AUGGCUGCCCCUGCCGAUCAAUGGGUAGUGGCCAUACCUACCUUCGAUCGGCUGCGAAUCAUCGGCUCACAUACUCUGAAUCUGGUGCUUUCUGCUGGCAUCCCGCCCAAUCGCAUCUUUGUCUUCGCAGACCCGAGCCAAUAUCACGAGUACCAGAAGCUGCUGCAGCCUCACGGUGUCAAUGUGAUCGAGGGCGCCAAGGGUGUAUGCCAUCAGAGGAACAAGAUCAUGAACUUCUUCCCAGUCGGGGCCCGCAUUGUGGAGAUGGACGAUGACAUCAAAGGGCUGCUUUGCUCGACAGGAGCAGUGCGCAGCGACAAGUCGGCACAGGUCGUGGACGUUCCCGUAUCAAGCCUGCCAGGCGUUAUCGACCAUCUGUUUGAGGUGGCCAGCCGCGAAGGCUGCGUUCUUUGGGGAGUCUACCCAGUGUCGAAUCCCUGGAUGCUCUCCCGCACCUACUCCACCGGCUUGACGAAGGCAACCGCCCAGAUGAUGGGGUACAAAAAUCCUGGCGCAGAGAUGAAGUUGACUAUGCCCGUUAUGGAGGACUACGAGCGGAUACUUCGCCUCUACGUCGCUGGUAAGCGCUGUAUGCGCUGCGACUACCUCGCAGUGAAGACCGCUAACAAGGGUCCCGGUGGUUGCGCAUCAGCCUUCACCGAAUACAAGGUGAUCGAGGACGAGACCCGGAAAAGCUUACCGGCCAUGCUCCAUCCCCGUGAGAUACUGGAGUCACAGGUUGCCAAGCAGCUCCGAGAGCUUUUCCCGGAUCUCGUGACGUCCGUCACCAAGCCCAAGCCAAAGGAGAAAAGCGCAGCAGGCAUCGGACGCGUCGCGUAUCAUCCUCCAGGAUGGGUCGUGACUUUCUCCAAGCCGAAAAUCCGGUAUAUCUCGGCGAAGGAUGUCUCCGGAGACUUCGCCGAGAUGUGGCUCGUUCACUUGAAGUUGGGUUGUCGGGGGACCUCGGAUGUGCAGGUAGACCUUACUACAGUGCCUGGCGAGGGGAGUACUUCUGGCCGUCCGUUGCAGCUGCCAUCGCUGCAAGCACAGGCGAGGACAAUGAUGAUGCCGGUGGUGAUGUGGUGGGUGCCACGAGUUAAGAGGAUGCUGAUGCUGAUGACGGUAAACAUCGUGACAGAGCCUGUUAUGAUCCCUGCGGCUGAUGCUGCUGAUUGGCAAACUUCUCGGCUUUUUUGGCUGAUCACAAAGCUGAAGCGAGGUGGAUUUGCGAACCAACAAGCAGAGAAGGCUCCGGCGCCGCAUGGCCCGACUGGCAACGGGCCUGACCAGAAGCAAAGAAGAGCCUUCCAGAAAGCCCAGAAGGGGAAUCGAAGCAGAUCGGAAGCGACCCAAGGAGAAGGAGGGGGAUCGGAAGAAGCGGGGCGCCGGCACCGAGAGAAGAAGGACGAGGAGCCGGUGAAUCGUGUUUUAGCACUGAGACCUUUUCCGGUGUUUGGGAUCAGGGAGUGCCAACUUCCCAACAUGAAAAGCUUUGCAGCUUUAGCGCUAUUCGCAGUGUCGAGCCACGCAAGCGAAGAUGCAGAGCGCGCUCGGAUUCUCUCGGAAAUCGAGGCGCUCAAAGGCCAGCUUCAGCAGCAGCGCACGAUCAUCCAACAGCAGUUCCUCCAACUCGCCAACCUGGAAGAAGACGAGGAGCGGCGACUUCAGACCGUGGGCAACGUUACAGCGACUGCCUGGGCAACGGAGAAAGCCGCUCUUGAGGCGACCGACGGGAGCAUGGGGGCGGCCAUGGACACUCUUUGGCUCUGUUUGUGCGGUGCUUUAGUUAUGUUCAUGCAUGCCGGCUUCGCCAUGUUGGAGACGGGAUGCUGUCGCUCCAAGAACGCGUCCAACGUGUUGAUGAAGAACUUGGUCAACGUGUGCGUAGGCACUCUUGGAUGGUGGGUUCUUGGAUACGCUUUUGCCUAUGGGGGCGGCAUCAACCGGUUCAUUGGCACGACGAACUUCCUUGGCGAAGGUUUCUACACAAAAGAUGCAUCCGGAAACAUCCUGGCACCAGGUUGUGCCAACAAUGCUUGCCAGAGCACGGCACUGGCCUGGUUUUUCCAGUGGGCAUUUUGCACAGCUGGAGCCACGAUCGUGAGCGGAGCUGUUGCUGAGCGCGUCCAGGGUCCAACAUAUGCCAGCUAUGCGUUCGUCAUGACCUCGUUAAUCUACCCUGUGGUCGUGCACUGGGGUUGGAGUGGCAGCGGCUUCCUCGGAGACAUUCUGGAUGUCGGCGUCAUGGAUUUUGCUGGUAGUGGCAUCGUGCACUUGACCGGUGGAGUCAGUGGACUUGCCGGAACAGUCGUGCUGGGGCCACGGAAAGGGCGCUUUGUCAACCCAGAGGAGUUUGAGCCUCACAACCUUCCGCUCGUGGUCUUUGGAACGUUCGCAUUGUGGUUCGGCUGGUACGGAUUCAACCCGGGUUCAACCCUGGGCAUGUCCGAUGGUGCCACUGGUGCACUGGCGGCCCAAGUGGCCAUGAACACCACAAUUGCUGCAGCCACGGGCGGUAUCACUGUCUUCCUCCUCCGCUACAUUAUCCUUCGCAAGUAUGAUGUGGGUGGGCUUUGCAACGGCAUCUUGGCAGGGCUUGUUUCCAUCACCGCACCGUGCGGGAACAUUGAAUGUGGCAGUGCAUUCGCCGUCGGGUUCGUCGGUGCCCUUGUCUACCAGGGAUCGUCCAUGCUCCUACAGAAGCUGAAGAUCGACGACCCUGUGGAUGCAAGCCCGGUUCAUGGCUUUUGCGGAAUCUGGGGUGUGCUGGCUGCUGGUUUGUUCGACUGGGGCAAGGGCUUCGAUCACUUCCAUGGCUGGAGUGGCUGGGGUUGCAUGACGGAUGACAACGGCGCCUGCCAGACGGGCAUCAACGGUUCAGCCCUCGGUGCACAAGUCAUCCUGAUUCUCAUGGUGAUCGCCUGGGCCGGCACGAUCUCGGCCUUGACCUUUGCACUUCUGAAGUGGUGGGGAGCUUUGCGAAUUUCUGAGGACACCGAGGACAUGGGCCUCGACGCCAAGGCGCACUCGCCUCCAAAAGCCUAUGCCUUCUCUGCUUGA